CCCGCCGCCCUCCGCCGCCGGCUCCGAGCCUCAGUCGGCGCCCAGCAUCCCGCGGCCCCGGACCCUCCGCGGGCGCGCACCGGGCUCCACUCAGGCUCACGACUGCUGGUGGACAUCUCCACUGCCCAGGAAUCAUCAAGUGUGUGGACAGGACAGCCUCCGUGGAAGGCCAGCUAUACCAGAGUCCCGCCUCGGCAUGGGCCUUGCCGUUGAGGGAGCCCCAAGGUCUGUGCUGGUCUGAGGGUGCUGCCCGUCAUGGGGGCAGCCAUCUCCCAGGGGGCCCUCAUCGCCAUCGUCUGCAACGGCCUCGUAGGCUUCUUGCUGCUGCUGCUCUGGGUCAUUCUCUGCUGGGCCUGCCAUUCCCGCUCUGCUGACAUCGACUCCCUCUCCGAAUCCAGUCCCAACUCCAGCCCUGGCCCCUGUCCUGAGAAGGGGCCCCCGCCCCAGAAGUCCAGCCAUGAAGGCAGCUACCUGCUGCAGCCCUGAAGUCCCCUGGCCUAGCCUGGAGUAGGAGACCUAAGUCGACCCCACCCAGAGCCUGGAAUCAGGAUCCCAGGGUCCAGCCAGCCUGGGGUUCAGAACUCAGAGAACAGCCUGUCUGGAGCUGGAUCUAGCAGCCCAGAGUCUAGCCAGCUCCAAGAGGGGCUCUGGUGGCCCCAGGUAGACAGGCCUGCGCUGGGGGUUCAUGAGUUGGUGCUAGGGCCAGGGCCAUCUGAACUGCUCCAUUCCAAGGCGGGGGGGGGGGGGGGUCCACCCUCUCCCUAGGCCAAUCGCCUCUAGGCCCUUGAGAUUGGGGAAGCAAACUGGAAUCCAUGGCAAUAAUGGGAGGGUGUCCAGGCUGGGCCCCUCCUCUGGUCCUCCCACUGUUUGCUGGGUAAUAAAUGGAACUAUGGCUAACCUGA